CGCCCUCCACGCUCUCCUCCUCACCACACUAGGCUUAGGCAUUUGCCUGGACCUGCCACUAGGCCUCUGUGCUGUGGUACAGCUGGCACUAAGUCUUGGUGCUGUGGUGGAGCUGGCAGUAGGCCCAAGUGCUGUGGUGGAGCUGGCAGUAGGCCCAAGUGCUGUGGUGGAGCUGGCAUUAGGCCCAAGUGCUGUGGUGGAGCUGGCAGUAGGCCCAAGUGCUGUGGUGGAGCUGGCACUAAGCCUUGGUAAUGUGGUGGAGCUGGCACUAGACCUAGGUGUUGUGCUGGAGUUGGCACUAGGCCUAGAAGCUUUAGUGGAACUGGCACAAAGCCUAGGUGCUGUGGUGAAGCUGGCACUAGACCUAAGUGCUGCGGUGGAGCUAGCAAUAAGCCUAGGUGCUGUGGUGGAAAUAUCGGUAGCACUAGGCAUUGUGGUGUUAACAGUACUUGGUACUGUAGUGAAGGUGGUACUAGCCCAUACCUUAAGGUGCUUCCGGGACUUAGCGUCUCCCCGGCCCGGUCGUCGACCAUGGAACAAGCUGCUAAACAUUGGAGUCGGUGAUGCCUGUGUUUGUGGUCAGGAGUCAGAUGUGUGGGCACCAAACAUUGUGUCACCAUAAGAAUGUUGUGCAUUAGUAUUGAAAAAAAGGUUUCACUCGAAAGAUGCGAGCAAGAUUACAGCCGCAGUAGUGCCACAUGUAAUGCUCUCACCGAGGCAGGGAUUAUGUUUUGUGCAGCCUCAUGGCAGUAGCUGGGACCAUGGGGAGUAUGGAGGCAGCCAUGUGUGUGCUGAGCAGUGAGGGAUUAUGACCUUGGAUCCCUCCCAUGUCACAGCCACUGAGCACAGCACAGGACAACAUAGAGGCGAGGGCUUCUCUGUCCUUGUGCGUGGGCUCUCCAAGCGGGUGCUAUGGAGGUGGCCCACGUGCUUCAGCUGUUGGUGCUUGUCCUUCCCCGAACUCGAGAUAGAUACAGAAACCAUGCUAGUGUGAAGUGAUCAUCUUGAGCCAUGUGAAAAUGGUAGAACCUCAGCAGAAAAGGGCAAAGUUGCCCCCCUCUGGGGAUGACAGUGGGGGGCAGCUGCUGCCGAGGAGGGAUCUGGAGAUCAUUCAUGCCCAGUUGAUCCGCAAAUGUCUUUGUUCCCUGCAGCUGCCCGACAUCCUCCAUACAUUAGCUGUUUGCAACGACUGUUUUUCUUCUCAUCCAGUAGCCCAUAUGCUGCGGCUGAGAGACGAGACACUGCUUUACAUCAGCAUGCUUACUUUGUUUUUUGAAGUCUCCUUACGACAGCAGAGUCGAGGCGUGCUGUGUUCUCGCAUAAGUGAGGUGGUAGCUGCAGGAGCAGAUAAUGAAGGUGCAGUUCUGGAUAUUCUUUUUGGUUUUGUGGCCUCUGAGGAUAAGUAUGUGAGUUACUCGGCCUCACGUGCACUGUCCUCGUUACUACUUAUGUUACGUGGUCGUGCUAGUGAGCUAGUGUUAGAAAAGCUUGUUGAGAAUUUGGCUACUUCAGUUAACCUAAUAGAGGUUGGACAUUCAAUUGAAGUUGUAAGGAGAGUUAUAGAAUGGAAGGACCUGGAUGAACAUCCUUUAGAAGGAACUGAAUCAGAGUCAGGUCAGCCCCCUGAAUGUGCAAAGAUUACUUUGACCCCAGCAGAUACUCAAGGGGCAAAUGAAGUAAAAUACGUAGCAACCAAGAAGCUUGACCGCAAGUGGUUUCUUCUGGUGGCAAGAUUAACACAAUUAGUGAAUGAGUUUACAAUGGAAAGAGAACAUGUUAUUGUGUCAUUUUUAACACUAUGGGAGUCUUUAAUAUCAGUGAAAGCUAAUUUGUCAGUGACCGAUACAAAGGAAUUUUACUCAGGAUUAGAACGUCUUAUGACUCCGUUAACACGACAUACACAUACUGUGGUGUGGCGUAAAGUGCUUGAUCUUUAUAAUGAGGUCUUGUGUUAUGGGAGUACGCUGGCUCUCCAGGACGUAUUAGCAGAGGAGCCCUGUAACUUGGCUCACCUCCUUAUUCGUGCUGUUAAGGAUCGUAGAUUCCUGGAGUGUGUGCCUUGUGGAGGGUCAGCGGGAAACAGAUCACAGCCAAAUCAAAGCUCUGCAAUGGACACCAGUGCUGGACCCAGCUCAGGAACAGCAAGUGGCAUGGACCAGGGUGACCGAACAAUACUACACAAAGUGGUAUUAGUUGUGCUGAAAGCUAUAGCCGUCACAGUGAAAGAAACUCGGUGCGAUUCUUCUUCUGAGAAUUCCUCACGAUCUGGUGGCUCUGGAUCAGAGGAUGUAGAUAUGGCCAUAAUUGAACGUAGUUUAAGAGAAGUUGUUCGCAAAGUGGAUGAUUUUGUGAAAUCCAAAUUGCCAUUCCACCCUGAGGCUCCAAUGGCAGAGUGGAUGGUGCGUCUAUUUGCUGAUCAAGAUGACUGGCUGGUCGAGUCCAUGGUGUGUGGCCUCGACAUUUUCACUGGUCUCGGCAUACGAAUCAGGCAGCAACCAGAACUUCAUGCCUGCGUCAACCCUCACACCACCUUCCUCGUGUUCCUCGAGACCAUCUACCUGGAACAUGAUGUGCUACUUGACCUCUUAGUGUCAAAUGAGACAUCCUUCCUCCUUUACCUGCUUCGCUACCUCAAAUUUAUUCGUCGCAGCUGGCACGAAUUUGCGUCUCACUGUGGCCGUCGACUGGAGGAGGUCAUGACCGUCCUGAUUCGUCUCCGCUUUGCCAUUGACCGUCUGGUAUCCAAAAAUCUCUUUCCGUACAAUAUAAGUCCUGUUCUUAAGUUGCUACAAAAAUGUGAGGAACUGUACGAGGUUGGAGACCAUUAGUCUGGUCGAGGUUGAGGUGGAGUACUUGUUAUGUAUUAAUGUCAGGAAUUGCUGUAAUUGGUUUAUGAGAAAGUAUAUAUUUAGAAUUGCUA